AUGGAGUUUAGAGUUGAUGCCAUCGCUGAUCUUAGACCAGGAAAAACGAAUUGGAUUAUCCAAGCGAAGGUCUUGAAUUCGUGGUAUGUUACUGAGUUCUUUCAAAAGCGGGUUCUGCUCCUUGCUGAUACACGGGGUGAUACAAUCGAGGUGGCGUUUUUACCAGGGACCUACAAGAAAAUGAGGAAGUAUAUCUAUGAUGGUGAUUGGUAUGAAAUUAGGAAUUUCAAGGUCAUCCAGCCAACACUUAGGGAGAGGAAUACACAUCAUCCUUUCCAAAUCAAAUUUACUGAUGAGUCGACGAUGGGCCUGCUCUCACCGGUGAAUCAAAAACACUACUUCCGUUUCGAGGAUUUGGGUGAUAUAUCGCGAGGGAGAAUUACCCAUCCCAUAUCAUUCGAUGUCUGUGGGUGUGUAGUUGGAGUGGAAGACAGAAGAUUGCUCGAGGGGGCAAAUGCGGCCAAUGAAGGUGUCCUCACCCUACUGAAUGGGAGGAAUGAAACCCUCAAGUGUCGUGCCCUAGAUGACUAUGCUGCUCGCUUCAUAAAUGCUUGGGAAGCAUUCGGGUGUCAUCUUACUUUUACAUCCGAACCCGUCUUUUGUAUUUUGCGGUUCUGGAAGGUUGGAAGCUACGAAGGUGCUCAUUGCCUUGUCAACACAACCGCCUCUUCGCAAAUCUAUAUAAAACCUGAUUUCGAGGGAAUGGAACAUCACAAGGCGAUAUCUGAAUUCGCUGGACGUUACUAUAUAGAACAUAUAAUGGAGCACGUAGGGGAGAAUGCAGUACCUUGA